CCCAUCACAAGAUCAGUAUAUAUCGGCCAGAGCCGCAGAAGUCCCCCUGACGAGCUUUGCAUACUCAAACUAGGCUACAAAUCGCGCUCCUUCUGUGAUAUGAAAACGUGGUUUCCUUGCUCCUGCGUCAUCUCUUACUUCUCAUCUUCUUAUACUUAUUUCAGGUAAUGCACUCCUGACCCACGUGACUGCUGCCAGCACCCCUGCUCUGUCACAAACAACUUCAACUAGCGACGUGGCCUGUUUGCGCCUUGCUGCCUACACAAUCACUCAGUGCAGCACACAAGCUUACUUAGUCUACACCUGCAUAGGAUCGCCAAUGAAGAAGCUCCGGUCUUUCAUGUCCUUCUUGUACCUGCUAGGUUUCUUCUUCAUGAUUUACAGAAUGGAAACUGCUGCAAUGAGGGGAUCGUCUUCGGGCUCCACCACGGAAACAGGCCUUCGUGAAUCUUCCAAGAAGAACAAACAGGCUUCAGAGCAAAAUUCUGAACGGCGUAAAAGAACCAAGCCUGAUGACAGUUGGGAAAGGAACGACAGACAAUGUUAUCAUCUGCGGGUUCACAUGAAGGCAAUCUUGUCCAAGAAUCGUCGAUUAACAGAGAAAGCUUGCGAGAAUAGGUGCAAAGAAUCACUAGAUUCUCAUUCAACUGCGUUCCACAAUCAGGCUACACAAUGGAAAACUGAAAAUUGCUAUCAAUCGAAACUCUGCGUGGCUUCGAGGAACAUUAGCAUGAUUGCACCUGUAUGUGCUGCAGAGCAAGCCAUGGCUAAUCCUGUCUGUCAUUUGGCAGAAUGUGCAUGUGCAGCCACAGUGAACAUUUGGCGUAUAAAGCAGUAUGGUAACGGAGAUGCUGCUUGGAUUGCCAUGGCUCUAGGGCAAAGUCAACGACAGCCAGGUGAGCGCGCAAGUCCGAAUUGUAGCCCCAGGAAAGUGCUUAUGAUGAAGCCGUUUGCGAUGCCCCCGUGGCAGGUGCUCUCUUCAGCUAUUGUGCAAGUCAACCUCAGUUGCUCCAAACUUUUACCUGAAGAAACGAGAUGUGACUGCAAAACCAAUCUUGAAGGCACUUGUCGAUCCAUCACCAUCCACCCAACCUGUCGAUGCGCGAGACCAGAUGGGGCUUGUCAAUGUACGGCGCGAGAUGGUCAAUCUUCAGAUGGCACUGGAGGUGUGGCCCUGACUUCAGGUACAGCUGACGGAUCCGCGUCCUUUCAAGAAUUGUACGAUCAAGUAGAGGCCUAUUUGAACGCUCACGGAUGGAAUUAGACUCGUGGCAGUUCAUGCGGCCCCAGUGCGCCCAGAGUCAG